AUGUCCGGCGAGACAAACCGUCUGGUUCAGUUGGGAAAAGAUAUUUCCGGUGCAAACACGUUUGCUCGUGAAAUGGAUGUGCUGACCGCCUCAGGCGAGCAGGUCAGCAUAGCCCUGUUGAGCAUGGCACUGCAGCGCCUCGGGCUGUCAGCGAAGUCAAUGUUGGGUGACCAGGUCGCCAUAAAAACGGACUCCGCCUUCGGCAAAGCUCGCAUCAGCCAUAUCGAAACGAAUGCGCUGAGAGCUGCGCUGGAAGCAGGCGCAAUUCCUGUUGUUGCUGGAUUUCAGGGGGUAGAUCCUAAUGGUGAUCUGACAACGCUUGGCCGUGGCGGGUCAGAUACCAGUGCGGUAGCGCUGGCGGCUGCAUUGGGCGCUGAUGAAUGUGAGAUAUGUACGGACGUUGACGGUGUGUAUACCGCCGACCCGCGCGUUGUGGCGUCCGCCCGCAGAUUGUCUCAAGUGACCUUCGAGGAGAUGUUGGAGUUGGCCAGCCUGGGGUCAAAAGUGUUACACCCACGUUCAGUUGAAUUUGCAGGCCGUUACCGAGUCCCCUUGCGGGUGAUGUCUACGUUUGUUGACGGCGACGGCACAUUGAUCACCAUUGAGAAUGACAAUAUGGAACAACCGCUAGUAUCUGGUAUUGCCCAUGCCCGUGAUGAAGCAAAACUUACUGUUGCCGGGGUACCGGAUAUACCCGGAAUCGCGUCAAAAAUUCUGGGCCCUGUGGGUCGGGCGAAUGUUGAAGUAGACAUGAUUGUCCAGAACACAGGCGCUGAUGGGCUGACUGACUUCACCUUUACGGUGAAGCGUGAAGAUUAUGAUCGCGCCCGCGACCUGCUCGAAACUGUGGCCAAAGAGAUACAUGCCCGUGAAAUCAACGGCGACAACACCAUUGCAAAAGUAUCGAUUGUGGGCGUUGGCAUGCGUUCACACGCAGGUGUUGCUACGCGGAUGUUUGAUUGCCUGGCUUCAGAAAACAUCAAUAUCCAAAUGAUCUCAACUUCCGAAAUAAAGAUCUCCGUUGUAGUAGCGGAAAAAUAUAUGGAACUUGCUGUGCGCGCACUACACUCUGAAUUCGACCUGGAAAACAGCUGA